AUGUCUGAUAUUGCACGUCCAACAACAGGUCCACCAGGUUUCCUUAUGAAAAGAUGGCACAAAUGUAGUAGUGGAAAUACAAAGACUUCAGUGUUAUUACGAGAGCUGCCGAGUCUAGAUCAAGUUUUACGACGACAAAGUCGACCACCUGUGUGCCUGUACAACUUUUACAUUGUGCUCCGCGAUCGCUUAGAGUUGGAAACCUUGUUAGAUUUUUGGUUGGAUGUUCAACAAGCACGAGUGCUUUACAAACGACAUGUCAAACAAUCAACAAAAAAGAGCAAUCCUACACGCAACAUGACACCUCCCCUUUCACCUGCACCAACGACAAUGAGCCAUGAUCAGCAGCUCACUCAUUCAUUAUUAAUGCUUGCAAGUGGCAAUUCUACCACUACGGCUGGUAGGCCAUCAGUGGGAACGGUGGGAAGCCAUGGCAGCAACAAUACAGCAUCCACUGUGGUAACUCGUGCUGCCAUGCAAGAGUUUAUUGAGCAUAUUUAUCUACGCUACAUUGUCCCUAAUGCUGAAAAGGAGCUGAUGCAUCUACCGUUGUCUAUGCGAGACGCCAUUGCCGAUCAAUUUGCAUCCUCAAAAACCGGCAUCUACGAUCCAUCCAUUGUUUUCAACGACGCACAGCAUUACGUCCAUCAACUGCUACAGGCCACAUGGCCCUACUUUUUGCGAUACAAGGCACUCAUGAAUCUGACAUUGAAUCAACAGCUUGGUCGUAUUGCUGCUGGGUUGGCGACAUUGCUUGUUGGGUUCUCGGUUGAGUUUUCAUUAAUCUUUCUCAAUGUACAACCAUGGCACACAAGGAUAUGGGGCGUUUUACCAAUAUUUGUUGGUGUGUAUUGCUUGAUUUCAGGUUUGACAGGAUUGGAUCCAAUCUGGGUGCUUGCUUUCAAUGUCAGUGAAACAACUACAUUCCACUUCAAUCGGAUACAACAACCUAAUGUGAGACCCAUUCUCUCGGAGCGUUCUAUUAUUGUUUUGGCGGUGUGCUUGCUCAUCACAAUCAUCCUUAUCGUUAUCUUUUGCGCGUUGCCAGGGAAACGACUCUAA